AUGUACUCAUAUACCCCGACACAAUUAUUUUCGAUGCAUCCGCAUCAGUAUCCUCUUCACCAGGCGGUGUAUAUUCAACAGCAACAAGAUGCAAAUUUAUUAUAUCAUCAAUACAACCAAUUGAAUUCUAUACAAGCUGCUUAUUCUACUCCGGCUCUUACGUCUCUUGCCUAUACACAACAAGCAAUGAACCAAUCACAACAACAACAACAACAACAACAACAACAACAAUUAUAUAGAACCGAUCAAUUAGUACCACUAUCAUCAGCACAAAUGCCCACACCUAUCCAACAACAAAUUCAACAGCAGGUUCAACAGCAAAUGCAACAACAAAUACCACGGUCAAGUCCCGUUACUAUGAGGCCACUCUCGUCAUCAGAUGCAUGGAUACCGAAUAAUUCAAUGCCACAAAAUCAAGAUAUAAUUCGUUCCUUAACACAUGCCUUUUCUCAGCAAAUGGUCAAUGUGUCCCCGUAUAAUCAGCGUACUAACAGUAUCAGUAGCAAUUCAUCCGCAUUACCUUUAAGUGCAUCAUAUGAAUCACCUGCAUCAACUCUUUAUCAUUUACAAAAUCAAAACCAAAAUCAACAGCAGUCAGUAUUGCCACAACCGCAACAUCAACCACCAACAGCAUCACCGCCAACACCAGAAGACUAUACACGACGUCAACGACUCCAUAGUGGUUCAAGUUGUUAUGAAUCAGAUUCAGCUGAUAUAUCUAGUGAUGACGAAGAUGAAUUUGGGUGGCGACCAACUGGCUCUAAAACGUUUCGAACAAUAUCGUCAAUGACAAAGUCUCGAUCGAAUUCAGCGGGUCGAUCAGAUCCAUCAACGACUGAGAUAUAUUCUAAUGAUAUUUAUCAAAAAUCAAAUAGUACUAAUAAUAAUAGCGGAAUUUUUCCUUCUAUUAACAAGAUGUAUCGUUCAUCCAGUAAAAAUAACAAUGGUACUUCACGUCCUAAACUUGUUCAAUAUAUUGAUGAUAAUAUUAUUGGUAAAGAUUAUAUUUUUAAUGGACCAUGGGGUUUAAGACGAAUGAUCUAUUGUGAUUAUACUGCAUCGGGUCGUCCAUUGGAAUUUAUUGAGGAUUAUCUUCGAAAUUAUGUACUUCCUUUAUAUGGCAAUACACAUAGCGAAACAAGUCUAUGUGCUCAGCAAGCAACAAGGUUUCGUGAAGAAGCUCGCAAUAUAAUAAAAAAAUCGGUUAAUGCUACAGAAGAUGAUGUUUUAUUAUUUACUGGCACUGGUUCAACGGGCGCUGUUCAUACAUUAGUUAGCAAUUUUAAUUUUAAUGAUGUAAAUAGUCGAAAAAACGCAGUUGUUAUGGUCAGUGCAUUUGAACAUCAUAGUAAUAUAUUGCCAUGGACUGAAACAGGUGUUGAAGUAAUUCGAAUACCAACAACACAACAAGGCAUACUUGAUUUAUCAGUAUUAAAAGCAAAAUUACAACAUUAUUCGAAUUUAAAAAAACUUAUUAUUUGCUCAUUGAAUGCUGCUAGUAAUAUAACUGGUAUUUAUACCGAUGUUGAUACUGUAUCAACAUUGGUUCAUUCAUAUUCGGGUUUAAUGUUUUGGGAUUAUGCAACAGCUGCACCUUAUAUGAAAAUUGAUAUGAAUUCAUCGGCAACUGCUUAUAAAGAUGCAGUAUUUAUUUCCACGCACAAAUUUCUCGGUGGUCCAGGAACACCUGGUAUUUUGAUUGCUAAAAAGAAUUUAUUUAGCUUAAAACCUCCCAAAUCAUGUGGCGGUGGUACAGUUAAUUUUGUGACUCGCACAUGUCGAGAAUAUAAUUAUGAUAUUGAAAUACGUGAAGAAGGCGGCACACCAGAUAUAAUCGGAUGUAUUAAAGCUGGUCUUGUUUUUCAAUUGAAAGAUUCUAUUGAUUCGAGCUAUAUUCAAGCACGUGAAGAGGAAUUAGUGAAACGAUUUUAUCGACGUUUCAAGAAAAACGAAACAUUAGUUCUUCUUGGCUCUCAAACAGCUGCACGCUUGCCAAUAUUUUCAUUUUCGAUUUAUAUACCUGGUGUAUGCAAAUAUUUGCAUCAAAAUUUAGUUUGUCUUUUAUUCAAUGAUUUAUUUGGUAUACAAGUACGAUCUGGUUGUGCUUGUGCUGGACCUUAUGCACUUGAUUUAUUAAAUAUUAAUGACGCAAAAACAGAUACCUACUGUUUGUUCAUGACAGAAAAUACCAAUGCUCGAGGUAACGAAGGUAUUGUUCGAACUAUGAUGAUGAAACCCGGUUUUACACGUCUUAAUUUACCUUAUUUUUCAACUGAUGAAGAAAUUGAUUACAUUUUCAAUGCUAUAGAAUUUAUUGCUGCACAUGGCUGGAAAUUUUUGCCAUUGUAUACAUAUGAUCCAACAACAGCUUCAUGGUCGCAUCGUAAUGAUUUUCAACUAGCUCAAUCUAGUCUUGAGGAUAUAAGCUAUAAAUCUGGGAAAAUGCAAUAUUAUGGCAAAAAAGUUGAUUUAUCAUCAACACGUGGAGAAAAACAUUUUCCUGAUCCUUUACGGGAAGCGAGAUUACUGGCUGGGAAUGCUGUAAAAUAUGCACUUGAAGUGGUGGAUUAUACAUCGGAUCCACCAUUGAAUAUACCCGAUAAAUAUCAACAUAUGGUUUGGUUUGCAGUACCGAUUGAUAUUGCUUUGAUGUUGCUUAAGAAAAAAGAAACAGGACAAGAGCCCCAGUGUGAUGUUAAUUCAAUUCCAUUUAUACCUGACGAGGCCAAGAAAAAAAUAUUGGAUUCAAUGAAAACAAAAUCAAUCGAAAAUACGCGUGAUGCAUCAGCGAAUAGAAAAAAACAUAAUGCGAAGCGGGACCCAACAACAUCGCAAACUCGAUAA